AUGUUAGGAGGUGUGGUCAAAUGUAUUUGUCCAAGUAGUGUAAUAAACCAGGAAGAAGACUUGAAAGCUGUGGUUCAGUUCUGCCCAUUCAGAGACUUGCCCAGUGACCUAGCAGGCCCACAACCAUCCGGGUACCUGAAAACAGGCCUGCUGUCUGCAGACCCAACUGAGGUCCAGCUGCAGCCAGCCGUGUCCGUAGGAUGUACUUCUUCUAUGUUCUGGGCUGUGGUUGAACCGACUCUACUUGGUCAAGGUCACUUUUUGAAUUCUGAUGAAGUGUCUCUGGGAAUUGGCUGCCCUGUAACCAACAUAACUUCUCGGGGAUAUGAGUUUAAUUACCUUGUCACCGAGUGUGGGAUUCAGAGAGAGGUUUUCUCCUAUGGAGUGAUAUUUUAUUCAGCCCUCCAUUAUAACAUAAUAAACAAAGGAGUCACUGGAAAAAUUCCUUUAAUGUGUGUUGUUUCCAGCUCAUCGUUUUUAGAUGACACUUCAAGCACUACCAACCACAAUCUCACUAAGUCCCAAAAUGAUCUUCCCUCUGACAAUUCUUGUUCUUUCUGGAACUUAAGCAACACCUGCCUGUUUGGAUUGCCUUGGAUUCCAUACUUCCAAGACUCCUGGGCGAAGCCAUCCCACCAGUCACUUCUACUUAAACUGCCUCAUUCUUUAGUCCAUGAGAGUGCAAACAUGGCUACGUUCUAGGUGAUCUGGGUGAUUCUGUGGUAAUCUCGAUAACUCUGUUGCUAUAGCAUUCUUCAAUUUAAUUUUUAAACCAAUCGCUAUAGAUUUUGGAACUUUUCUAGGCCUCCUCCUGAGAGGCCAUCUAGAAGUUGGGGUUGAGAUAGUGCCUAAUGCUUCAUCUGUUUUUAAAGUGUUCCUUUUAAGCAAAGUGGCAAUGUAGCCCUUGCAUAUUCUCUUAUGAUAAGA